GGACUCCAAACCUCCAGCUCCUCCUCUACCUGUGCUAAACUCCCCUCGGCAUAUAAACUCCUUCUCACUCCUCAACCUGCACUACAUGGAAAUGGAGACCCACAGCAAGAGACGACAGAGCAGCCAGGAGGAUCUACUGGCAGAUGAUGACAGGAGCCUGGGCUGCUGUGGCUGGACGCUGGUCAUCCUGGCUGGAAUCUUGGCGAUCCUCCCCCCAUUCUGCCUCAUCUCCGUCUUCUGUUGCUUCAAGAUUGUUAAAGAAUAUGAGAGGGCUGUAAUAUUCCGACUGGGACGCAUUGUGGACAAAAAACCAAAGGGACCUGGCAUAUUCGUCAUUCUGCCGUGCACUGACUCCAUGGUCAAGGUGGACCUGAGAACCGUCUCCUUUGACAUUCCACCCCAAGAGAUCUUAACCAAGGACUCCGUGACAGUGUGUGUGGAUGGAGUGGUGUACUUCCGGGUCAGCGACCCCAUCAAGUCCGUUGCCAACGUGUCCAACGCGGACUUCGCUACCCGCCUGCUAGCCCAGACCACUCUGAGGAACAUGCUCGGAACCAAGAACCUGGCGGAGGUCCUCUCCGACCGCGAGACAAUCGCCCACGGAAUGCAGUCGACCCUGGACGACGCGACGGACCAAUGGGGCAUUAAGGUGGAGCGGGUGGAGAUUAAGGAUGUCAAGCUGCCCUUGCAGCUGCAGAGAGCCAUGGCAGCAGAGGCAGAGGCCACUCGGGAGGCCAGAGCAAAGGUGAUUGCGGCGGAGGGAGAGAUGAAUGCGUCGCGCGCUCUGAAGGAGGCGUCGCUGGUGAUCGCCGAGUCGCCCUCCGCUCUCCAGCUGCGUUACCUGCAGACGCUCAGCACCAUCGCCGCCGAGAAGAACUCCACCAUCGUCUUCCCCCUGCCCAUGGACAUGAUGAGCCAGUUCAUGAGGAAGUAGAAAACACACACACACACACACACACACACACACACACACACACACACUCAGCUCCAUCGCUGCCGAGAAGAACUCCACCAUCGUCUUCCCCCUGCCCAUGGACAUGAUGAGCCAGUUCAUGAGGAAGUAGAAAACACACACACACACACACACACACUCAGCUCCAUCGCCGCCGAGAAGAACUCCACCAUCGUCUUCCCCCUGCCCAUGGACAUGAUGAGCCAGUUCAUGAGGAAGUAGAAAACACACACACACACACUCAGCUCACAUGAGAGGAGAAGGGAUAAUGAGACAAUCAGAUUAUAACGCGCACACACACACACACACACGCACACACACACUCAGCUCACAUGAGAGAAAAAGGGAUAAUGAGACAAUCAGAUUAUACACACACACACACAAGAAAUAAUGAGACAUUCAGGUUAUAAUUUUCACGAAUUGUGGAGCACUUGCUUUGCAGAAAUGAAAUGGAUUUCUAUGUAAAAUAUUUUAUGAUAAAGUUUUAUCAGGUUAUGAUGAUGAAAGUUUGCUUGGGAGCACAGUUGUUUCCAUGUUUCCAUGCCAAAUGUUCCCACGUCAUAAAUGUAAUUUAUGAUUUAUAUUAAAUAAUAAUUUCACGUAUUGAAGAUGCAUGUAUUGUGAAAAUGCAAGUGUCAAAAUCUUGAAUUUUAUCAUAUCGUUCUGUUUUUCAUUCAUUAAAAAGAUCACUACACCGGUCAA